CUUACAAAUUCGAUUCACACAUUGAUUCGCUCAAUUGAUUUUAAUUAAUGUUAAUUUGAUGCCUCGUAGUUCAAGAUGUAAAAAGGAAAAAUGAAUAUUUUUGUUGAUAAGUAUUUUCCAGACAGCACGACACUCUGGAGGAGGAUUCAACAGAAUGUUUAUAAAGGCAAUUACUCGGCAAUUACUAAUGGAAAUUUGUAAGUAAUGUGUCCCUAACCCGUUGUCCGGGCCUUUGACGAAACCACAUUAGCACCCGUUAAAUAUCAAACGUAACCGCAAGAAAUUCUCAUUUUCACACCAGUAUAAAUGCGACUGCUACGCCUAAAUGGUUCACAGACAAGUAACACCUUCAGAAUGGAUUCCGUUCCGUACAACUACGAGGACUUUACAUGGGUACCAAGCCUAAGCUAUCGGCUAUGCGGCUAUGAAAUACUAGAUACAGGCAGGACACGUCGCCAUAUACUAAUGCGGAUCUAUCACUUGAUCUGCGUGGGCAGCCACGUCUUUUCUGUUUUGUUCAUGAUAUACCGGAUAAUCGAGUGGGAUUCAAUUGGGAACGAUGUCGCCCUGAUCAUACGUUAUGCUACUCUGGUAACGUAUGUCAUCAACUCUGACACAAAAUACGGAACCUCUCAACAGAAAGACGCCUUCAAACGGCUUAAUAGUAAACUUUCGGCGCUCUUUCCAAAGUCCACGCAGGCACGGAUCGACCAUCGCGUCAACGAGUUCUACUGGCCACGCCCACUGCUCAUGCUAAUUGUGGUGUAUUUUGGAUCGUCAGCUAUGGUCGUAUUAGGACCUCUCCUGCAGUCGGGUUAUAUCUAUCUAAUGGAGAAUCGCUUUCCCUUUAUGCAUUGCUAUCCAUAUUACAUAUUUGAUCCACAGCAGGACCCAUUAUGGUAUUACUUUGUGAUUUAUGUUCUGGAGUGGCUGCACAGUACCUUGAUGGUCAUAUCGAAUAUGAGCACAGAUCUGUGGCUGGUAUGCUUUGAAGUUCAGAUAUGCAUGCACUUUGAUUACAUGGCGCGAUCUCUAGAGAGUUACCAGCCUCACUGGACGCGUGACUUCGCCGAUAGGAAAUUCAUUUCCGAUCUGGUGGACACGCAUGUCCAAUUAUUAGACCUUCAGGAUGACCUCAAUGGCAUCUUCGGUGGCUCACUUUUGUUAAGCCUGCUUACAACCUCGGGCGUAUUCUGCACUGUGGCAGUUUACACUCAACUUCAGGGACUAAAUCUAGAAGGAAUUACCUACGUCGUAUUUAUGAUGACGGCAACUUCUCAGGUUUACUUGGUUUGCUACUAUGGCGAAUUAGUUAGGAUUUUGAGCACAAACAUUACCCAUGCCGCCUAUAACCAUAACUGGUCCGAUGCAACGCCGGCUUACAAAAAAUUAUUGUUGAUUAUCAUCACACGUGCACAGAGGCCGGCCGAAUUAAGCGCCAUGGGCUAUCUGCCAGUAUCGCUGGACAUUUUUAAGCAGGUUAUGUCAGUGACUUAUCGCGUCUUUGCGUUGAUUAGACAAAUGAUCGAAUAGAAUGUGGAUGCUAACAUCUUUCUUCAUUUCUGGAUAUUUAUUGCCUUACAAUUCACAGUGUAU